AUGGAACAUAAAAAAUGUACAAUUCUAAUUCAAGAAAUACCACAUUAUAAUAAAGUUGACUUGCAAUAUAUAACAACAACAUCAGAGUCUUAUUUGUCUAGUUUCGAUAUAAUAACCUCAUUACCUUACAAUAAUGUCCACGAUAAUAAUUUAACCGCGAUCACCGAAUUUCAACAAGAGACUAAUAAUCCUGUUUCUCAAAUUUCAAUUUCAAACUUGUCCUCUUCCUCAUCUCCUGCGCAACAUCAAGAAACAUCAAUGCAAUUAUUAGAUUUUUUUUCAUUUAAAUAA